AAACACGAAAAAUUUUAUCCUCAACUGAAGAAGUCUUAAUGGGUUGGCAGAAUGCAGUUUUUCGUAAUAUGUUAGAGAGAAAAAUUCCUCUUAGUCAAGAGGAUAAAUAUAAAUUGGAAGACAUUUUAGUUGCGGAUGAUGAUUACUAUACUCUCACUAUAGAGUUAAACCAAUUACCAAGCUUCCCAAAAAUUAAACGCAAACAUAAUAUAGAGAUAGGCUAUAAGCUUAAUAACGGUUCUCUAAUUCGAGCAGAACAACCUGCAUUUUUUAUAAAAAAUUCGCAUUUGAUGAGCAUCACUCUUAAUAGUAAUUUUCAAUCCAUUUGUAAAAAAACAUCUAAGAACUUCGAUGAAUUAUGGAAUAAAGGUUGUGAAGAAGGGUAUGAUUUUUUGGAUUAUGAAAAUGAGGAAUUAGCAUUAAAUGAGUGCGUAAUUAAGUAUUGUGAAAAGGGUUCAAUUAUAUUAUCGCAUAAAGAUUUAGAGGCGACAGAAGAUUAUAUUGAAGUUAUUGAAAAUGCAUUGGACGAAGAAUUGACUGAUAUACAAAAAGUAGAAGCUUUAGUUAAAGCUAGUGAAAUUUACGGGUUCUUCUGGCUACAGGAAAUUAAACUCGGUGGAAAAUUUAUGCAAGUGACUACUAAAAAUGGAGAGACACGAUAUAAAACUGUUGGUGGUGAUCAUGCAAAACACCAAAGCACAUCCAAUUGGCUUAAGAGCUUGGAAUCUUGUAAAGAAUGGGAAAUUAUUGGUUAUGGACCUAAAUUAUCACUUUAUUCGUUGCUACCUGAAAAUUUACAAUCGAAAAUAAAACGCUUAAAUGGAAUAAAAGUGCUCUAUUCUAACGUCUAUAAUGUUAAAAUAAUAAGAGGUUAUGAUUUAAGAUCACCUGUUGUCGAACAAGUUCCAGUGCCGCCAAAUAUUUCAACUGAAGGAGACUGUAAGAUAUUUGCUGCAGUUUUUAACAGAUCAGACAGAAAGCCAUAUCAAAAUGUCUUCUCAAUUCGCAUCGAUUACACACAUCCCGAGACUCCAUUUUUUGUAAUUCACCGUAUUGGCACAAUCCCUCACAAUCUUCCACAAAUAGAUCUCUUAAUACCUUGGAUGAUUGUCGGAUAUGAGAAUAAUCUUCCAUUAGGACCAUUUUUAGAUAAAUCCCUUAUAAAUUAUCUUAAAACUAAAAAUCCAAUUGAAAAUCCAGAUGAUACAACCAUUGUACUUGAACGACCUAUUCCACAUAACCAUUGUUGGAUAACUACUAUUACUUUAAAUUGCAGGAAAAACCCACAAUAUCAAUUUGCUCGAUCAGGUGCUCUGAUCGGCUGUCACCUUCAAUCUAAUGAUAGAAUGGUGAUAAAUUUGUGUCAUAAUGAACAUAAUAAUGACAAUGAUCCAUUAAAUUUUGGAAUUAAUUGCACUAUGCUUAGUGAAAACGAUACUGGUGGAUUAAUUCCUGUUAUUGUUGAAGGACCAACUAAUCAACCUUGGAGAAAAAAAAAUAGAGGAUUUCUAGUUAACGAUCGUAGCCUGUUUACUGGUAAAUGGAAAGUGGCUAAUAAUGAUAAUUUUCGGUUGCCUGAAGAAGAUAACCUCAUUUUUUCAAGUCUUUUAUGUCCAGAUGCUCCUGGACAAGGAUUUCUUUCUGAAUUUUCAAUUUUAGAUUAUCCAAUGUUUUAA